GCUGAACUAAAAAUCUUUUUUGUCUAUGCAUUUAUUUAAUCAUUGUUGUAUGCGAUAUAUCUCUUUUUCAGACAUAUCAACAAAUUCUUUUAUUAGCUUGAAUGAUAGCUACAUGUAUUUAGCAGUCGUCGAAUGCUAUGAAACUCUCAAGGAUAUCAUUUAUAACCUCCUGCAAGAUAAGGAAGAUAAGAUGUCUUCCAUGUAUUGUGAUAGGAUUGUAAGCCAUAUUUGUGAUAAAGUUGAAUGGAGCAUACAAGAACACACAUUUGUCAAGGAAUUCAAGAUGAGUGGUUUGCCUUCACUUAGUGAGAAAUUGGAGAAAUUCCUAACUCUAUUGCGAGCUGAAGACGACAAACUCGAGACACUGAAGCCCCAAAUAGUCAAUGUUCUGCAGGAUAUUGUAGAAAUUAUCUUACAAGAUAGUCACGGAAAAUCUUUGUCUCAACACCAAAGAAAGAGGACAGAGAUAUGUCAACAUAGACACCGAUUUUACUGUCAACAAAUCAGUGAAGGAGAAGGUAGUCUUCACAAAUAAACUUCGAAAAUGGUUUUAUGUUGAAUUAACAGGAAGUAUAUCGCAUCAAGCUUUCGGGUUUACCAGUUGAGAUUGGUGAAGGGAAACCUGAAAAUCAAAACCAUGCCAUUAUAUUCACUCGUGGUGAAG